CCAGAUGUCACCACCAGCACAUUUCCUCUGGCACCGAAGUAUCUAACUGUCGUUUUUCCUUUUUUUAAAAAAAAAAUCUUCCUGGAUUGGCAUUGCCCCAAAAUAGAAUAAAUAAAAAAAAAAUCUUCUUUCCGUCUUUCAUGUGAAGAAUGGGCUGCGCAAUAUCAGGUCUCGCAGCAAAAUCCGAGUUUGCAGAGAAGACUUCAGAGGAUGCUGCUGCUGCCGCGUAUCCCAGCGAGGACCAGAUUCAGAUGAUUAAAGACUCGUGGAAAGUUAUCCGGGACGAUAUAGCCAAAGUUGGGAUUAUUAUGUUCGUCAGGUUGUUUGAGACCCAUCCUGAAUGCAAGGACGUCUUUUUCCUCUUCCGAGAUGUGGAGGACCUGGAGAGGUUGCGGACCAGCCGAGAACUCAGGGCGCACGGCUUGCGGGUGAUGUCUUUUAUUGAAAAAAGUGUGGCUAGACUGGACCAGCUGGACAGACUGGAGGCUCUGGCUCUGGAGCUGGGGAAAAGCCAUUAUCAUUACAACGCCCCGCCUAAGUACUACAGCUAUGUCGGAGCAGAAUUCAUCUGCGCCGUGCAGCCCAUCUUGAAGGAGAGGUGGACGGCCGAGCUGCAGGAGGCGUGGAAGACCAUGUUCCAGUUUGUGACCAGCCUCAUGAACCAGGGAUACCAGGAAGAGAGCGCCCGGCAGCGCCAGCUCGCGCUAUCCCCGAAGGAAAGACCGGACAAGAGAAACACAGCGCUAUGAGACAGCACUUCUUUUAAACGCCACACAGACUGUUAUCACCAGU